AUGGCUCUGGUUAACCCUAAAGUUUUCUUUGUGAUGUCCGUGGAUAACAAGCCGGCAGGUCGUAUCGUGAUGGAGCUCUACGCCACGACCCCAUUGGCGGCGGAGAACUUUCGGGCUCUCUGUACCGGCGAGAAAGGCAUCGGGCUGUGUGGUAAGCCCCUCCACUACAAGGGAUCAUUAAUCGCCUAUAUUGCCCGCGAUCUCAUGUGGUAUUGUGGAGAUUUCAGUAACGGGGACCGAACGGGAAAUGAAUCGAUCUACGGCUUAGGAUUCCCGCACGAGAACUUCACCAGGAAGCACGAUCGUCCAGGUGUCCUCACCAUGACCGACUGUGGUAAAGACAACAACGGAUCCGUUUUCCAAAUCGUCAUGAGGGAGAUGCCGUCUUUUGACGGGAAGCAAGUGGUGGUCGGACAAGUUGUGGAGGGACUUGAGGUGAUCAAAAAGAUUGAGGAGAUGGUCACAUCUCCAGACAGCCAUACCCCUUCCAAGCCCGUGCGAAUCUUGAACUGCGGCCAGAUGGGAUGUCCAUCUCAGACAGAUGUGGGAGUCCUUUUUGCUUCAAAAUUCGGACCUAAGUUGCGAGUCGCUCGUAGGAAGAUCGCUGAGUUGGAGAAUGCCAAGGAAAAUGGACGAGGAUAA